AGAAGAAGAAGAAGAAGAAGAGGUGGGGAGGAAUCGGAGGAAAAAGCGACGCGCCAGUGAUUCAGUGAUUCAUCCGCAGUUUCCAGGUGGAGGCGAAGAGGAGAGCAAACAGCCGCGGGACGGAUCUGAUGAAACAGUCAGGGAUGUUCAAUAGGCGCAAGACUUGAAACAAAACAUCAUUUUUAAAAUAUAUAUAUAUAUAUAUUUAAUUAUGUUUCUUAAUUUUUAUAUAUAGCCUACAUACAAAAAAAAAACGUUCCCAGCAUCUUUGUUGUGAAUUUCGGAGCUACAAUCGCCUUCAGGACUGGAAAUAAAAGGGAAAAGAAAGAAAGAAAGAAAAAGUUUGACUCCUUUAAAGAAAAAAAAAAAAGAAAAGAAAAGAUGCUGCUCGGCUCCGCUGCUGUUUUUUCACGCACUGCUGUGGAUUUCAGCGUCAGUGGAAGUGGCCAGUCAUCACUUGAGAAAUAGCUGCGAUUCUUCCGCUCUUUAAUUUCGCUGCCAAUUACAGCAGAAGGACGGGAGCCCUGUUUUUAUUUUUUUAUUAUUUUAUUAUUAUUAUUCCUCUUCUUCUUCUUUUUUUUAAUUGCUAUUAUUCUCCUCAUCGCGGCGCAACGCCUUGUCUCUUUGGCCGGGAUUUGCAUCCAUCUGAAUUCCUCCGUUAUGGACUUCCUCGGACUGUACUUUCUCCAUCUGGCUCUCAUCGGAGUCCCACACGCGGUUCUCUCCGCAGGCGGGAGGGACUGCCUGCACGCCGGAGACACCUGCUCCAGCGAUGACACCUGCAGCCCACGCCUGCGCACCCUCAGGCAGUGCGUGGCGGGAGACGGCACCAUGAAGCUGGGGCCUGGGGCGCGGAGCCAGUGCGAGAACGCCAUGACGGCGCUGCUGUCCACCCCUCUGCACGGCUGCCAGUGCAAGCGGGGGAUGAAAGAGAAGAACUGCCUGAGCAUUUACUGGAGCCUUCACCAGUCGGUGCUGCACGGACUGAGUCUGGUGGAGAGCUACCCCUAUGAGCCAGAGGAGAGGGGCUCCGACUACGUUCGUCUGGCUUCCAUCGCUGCAGAGUCUGAGGUAACGACUGUGAACCGCUGCCUGGAUGCCGCCAAAGCGUGCAACAUAGAUGAGACGUGUCAAAAGCUGCGCACGGAGUACGUCUCAGCCUGCAUCCAGCCAUCGGCCCGCUCGGGGCCAUGUAACCGACCAAAGUGCAACAAGGCGCUCAGGAAGUUCUUUGACCGCGUUCCCCCUGACUACACCCAUGAGUUGCUGUUCUGUCCCUGCACCGACACAGCCUGCGCCGAGCGCCGCAGGCAAACCAUUGUGCCGUCCUGCUCGUACGAAGAAAAGGAAAAGCCCAACUGCCUGGCUCAGCUGCGAGACUGCAAACAAGACUACGUGUGCAGGUCCCGCUGGGCACAGUUCCAGUAUGACUGCGAAGCGUCCGAGCACAGCGCCAGUGGCUGCAAGAGGGAGAAUCAUGGAUCAUGUCUACUCGCAUACACUGGCUUGAUAGGAAGCACAAUAACUCCCAACUACCUUGACAACUCCACUUCCAACGUGGGACCGUGGUGCUCCUGUGCAGCAAGUGGCAACCAGAGGGAACAAUGCAAUGACUUCUUGGCCUUUUUCCAUGACAACAUUUGUCUGAAAAACGCCAUCUUGGCAUUCGGGAACGGAUCUGACGUGAAAACAGGUGCCAGUCAGCCUGGGAUGUCAAGUCCGGCGACGGACAGCCACAGUCCGCACUUGGCGACCACCGCCCCGGGCGUCUCCAUGGAAACAGAGCAGAACGUUCUGCGAGCACAGAUACCUACUCAGGUAAAUGGGAAUGACAGAUUGUGGGGUGACGAGGGAGAUUCCACUCUUCCCUCUCCGGGCCUUUUGGAUCAUGGCCCUGAGCCCGUCCGUCUCUCCAUGCUGCUCAUCCUGGGCUGGCCCAUCCUGGUGCUGAUCUCCGAGCCGUAGGAGGCGUCCCUUUAAUGACCUUUAUGGACUGUGCUGUUCAGAGCCGACAGGGAGGAGGGUGGGGGUGCGAGAGAGAAACGACCGAUCCUGAGUGUCCGAUGACGGUGUGGGGGAAGAAGAGUGAGCUCUGUCCUGCCCCACUCCCCUCUCCCUGUCACACACCAGAAACCCACCUAAUCUUUUUGUGAAUCAUGACUCAAGAGUCGAUGUGUUGUGAAAGAUGCAUCAUGGAUUGGACCACAGGAGAGGGUGUCACCACUGCACCACAGAGUUGGGGAGGGGGAAAAAAAAAGAAGGUUCCACACAUCAUUCCCUGCUGCACACCAGCCCAACUUUUACGGGAAAAAACACACACACACAGACUUCUCUCAGCUGCAUCUGUGCGGAGAGCAAGGCCAGCAGGUUCAGAAAGUGUACAGUGAAGAGACACUGAGGACGCAGUGACCGAAAACAUUACAAAACAUAAAUAUAUAUAUAUAUAUAUAUAAAAUAAAACGAAUAAAUGAUUUUCUUUGUUCUUGAACAUUCCUUGAUGUAAAAAAGAAAGCAUUCAAUGUAAGAGACUCUUCUCUCAGACGACGUCUUACACGAGAUUUAAGGUGGAAUGUGUAUGUCUGUCCACAUGCAGCGCUCCGCCCGUUUAGCUUUGCUCCUUCUUUUUGAUGCCACAUAUUUUGUUUGAAAGAGCUGUUACCAGAAAUGUUAGCUAGAAGCACAUGUUAUAACCCGAGUCAAACCACAGUGAGUGUCUCUGACUGUCCGUGGUCGUGUUUUGAGUUGAAGGUCGAAGAGUUCAGAACAAUAAAAAUGUUUACCUAAAAUUAUGCUAACGCUAAACAAAAUUCAGACCUAUCUGUAUUUAAUAUUGUUAAUUGAGGACCAACUGUAUUUUUUUAAAGAGCCUUAUUCAAAGUCUUAAGACUGGGAAGGAAACUACAAGUUAUGACAUUUUGUUGUGACGGAUCAGAACCAGGCUGCAAGCUGUGAUGGAAAAGAACUAACAGGAGUGGUAGACAAAAUAGAGAAGGCAAAUUACUCUACACUGCAUUUAAAGUGAGAUUUCUCAUUAGCUGAUGAAAAGGAUAAAACUGAUGCCUUAUAAAGUGUCGAUCUACAUCUACAUCUACAUCUGCAUCUGCAAAGGCAGAAAGGUUUGCCUUUGCUAUCAAGCAUUAACUCCAUUCUUUAAAUGGAGAUAAUUUGUCAGAAUUGCUGAGAUGAACAAGUAGCGCAUCUUGAAUUUCUUAAUGAAAUAUAAUAAUCAAGGGACAAAAACUGUAAGUAAGUUUGAACACAAAGUUCUGUUUGGGUUUUUUGGACUUUUACACUUAAAACAGUUAUUUGAUUUGUCUAUUUAAUCUUGCUCCUGUUUCUUCUGUUUGCGUUUUGAAGCUCAACUUUCAACCUGGUAAUGAUCCACUGGGAUAAAUGUGAACACUUGGAACUUCUUCCCUUUUUUUUUUCAGUUUUAGGGUUUUGUUUCAGAGUGUAUGAGUAGAUGACCCCUUAUGUAAAGUUUUUUAAUACCUCACUUUGGAAGGGAACUCUUCACACAUUCAUUCAUUAAGCUUUAAAUGUGAGGACUUUCGGUCUGUUUCUUUUCUGAUAUAUAUAUAUAUAUAAAAAAUACAAUCAAGUAAUUUUUUUCUUUGAAGCAGUAAGAGAUUGAGACAAGUUUAUAUUUUAUAAAUGUAUGUGGACUUUGUCGCAAAGACAACAGAUAACUAUAAAAAGAGUUUGAGAGCCAUUUUGCUAUGGAAUCAGUGGGACACAGACAGGGGCCUCCAAGUGAGGACGCCCCCCGCUGUCCGUGAAAUGAAAGUGGUGACCUGUGUUGCCCGCUGCUCCCCUCUAGUCUUCGCUCAACGUGGGACAUUAAAAAAAAAAAAAAAAACAAAUGUUACCGUACAAUAAAAAGGCACAGAUCUGCUUUUUGGAGUAGACAUUUCCAUCAAGUAUCCUGAGUGGGGGUCCUUGGGCAAACUUUCCGCUCUGCCAUCAAAUUCAGUACAAUACUGUGAAUUGUCAGAUGAUGUUAGCAAAAGGCUGAAAAUGGCUGCCGUUAGACCUGAUCGAGCUCGAGGUGAGGAAACCAAACCGUUUGUUCCUGAUGACAUCAUAACAGCACAAAAAAGUUUCUGUUCUCACAAGUUCUACGAGACGUGAUGCUCUGUGUCGCCCAUGUUUUCUUUUUUGUUUGUUUUUUUCUAAACGAGACCAGAAAUGUGUUUUACAAACGGAAUUAAAGUAAUUCAACAUGUAAACAGUUGUCUUAAAGGGCCGGUUCACUCAUAUAAAGUCUGCUGUCGCUUCA